AAAACAUCUCCUGCAAAAAUCUGUAGUGCCCUGUUCCUCCUGGCAGCUGCAGGGUGCCUUCCCUUCAAUGACUCCCAGUUUGAUCCAGAUGGAUAUUUUUGGGCUGUAAUUCACUUAUUCUGUGUAGGGGUUUAUAAAAUACUACAGAAGUCCCAGAAGCCCAGCAUGUUAAGUGACAUUGACCAGCAGUACUUAAACUAUAUAUUCAGUGUGGCACUUCUGGCAUUUGCAUCUCAUCCCACAGGUGACCUCUUCAGUGUCCUGGACUUCCCGUUCCUGUAUUUCUACAGAUUCCAUGGCAGUUGCUGUGCCAGUGGAUUUUUAGGAUUCUUUCUCAUGUUCAGUACAGUGAAGAUGAAAAGCCUUCUUGCCCCAGGGCAGUGUGCAGCCUGGAUUUUCUUAGCUAAGGUUAUCACAGCUGGGUUGUCAGUACUGCUGUUUGAUGUUACCCUGACCAGUGCAACUGUGGGAUGCCUCCUGCUUGGCGGUAUUGGAGAGGCCUUGCUGGUUUUCUCAGAGCAGAAGGGCUCCUGAUGAAGAUGGGCAAGGAAAGGAGAUGCACAGGUUGCCAGCUGGAGAACAGAGCACAGUGCCCCGGCCUUGGACUCCCUGUGGAGAGUGUCAGAAGAACACAAAGACAGUGAGACCAAGUUAGGGUCUCCAGAUGGGCAGAGCCCAUGACCUGCUUGUGCCCUGAUCAUUUGUGCUGAAUGAGGUGGGAGCUGAUGGUGCAUUCAUUGCUUCAAGGAGAAAUUUUUAGGGCCUCUGGAUGCUGCAGAGGAAUGGUCCCUGUCACAGCUUCCCAUUUUGAGAACCUCUAGGCUAUGCUAUACUGGAAGUACAGGAUUUCACUCUGCUCACCUUGAUUGGUCUGCAGGCCUCUGUGUAUUCAGUGGUCUCCUUCAAACUGCUUUCACCUUGAGGUUGUGGAUCCACGGGGUUUUGUUGUAUGUGUUUUGCUGUUUUGUGUUUUUAAAAUUCUGGAGUCUCCUCUGGGCCCACCUUGCUCUCCUACUGGCCUGCCUGGAGCCAGUGACCCACCUGUGUAGCAGUGCAGAGCUGUGCUACUAAGAACAGACAUGGGCAUUGAAUGGGUGUAAAAGGCCAGCAAGAACACUUAAAACUCUGAGGUGAGUGGUGGCCUUCUGUAAUUGAUGUUGCUGUUUAUUUCCUGCUUCUAAACUUGUCUUGGAUCUUGUCAACUUGUCAGGAUGUGUUACUCUGCAGAUUCUUUUUUGCACACCAUUAGGUUAAUCAUUAGAUAAUUAAAUGGUUACCAAAGGGUUUAUAAAUACUGAUGGAUGACCUCCCUGGGCAGGUCAAACAAACAAACAAUAAAUAAUAUACAUAUAUACACACAAGCAUUUAAUAUUUCCUAAUUUUUUUAAUCCACUUUAUUUCCCUCAUAUUUCAGAAGAAGUUUCAAGUCACUGAAUACUGAAUUAUAUUCUUCAGGCCAGAUUAAAAAUUUGGUUAAAACCCUGUAGCUUGUCUCUAGAGAAGAAAUGAGUUUAUAUGAAAUGGUCACUUGAUUCUGAGCAUACCAAGGAGGUUUAAGAAAAUAAUACUCACUUGAAAUAUUUCUGCUCAUGGUAACUUUCCCAAAUACUGUACUGUAUUUCCAGGUGUCAGUUUUGGUCUUUGCACUGGGGAAUGGUCUCAGUUGCUAGGCAAGCGCUCUGUCACUUGAGCCACACACUCAGUCCCUUUGAUUUUAGUUUGUUUUUCAGAUAGGGUAUCAUGGUAACUUUG